CAGUAUAAAAGUGCCAGAGCGAGAGGUUUGUCCACAUACCACCUGACAACAUGAAGGUCCUGCUUCUUACGCUGCUGCUCCUGCUGCUGUGUAGCACUCACGUGCUGACGCUCAGAUGCUACACCUGUGAAAAUGAGAAUGACGACAUCUGCAAGAUGGUGACACAGUGCCCUUCGUCGGCUCAGUACUGCAAAACCACCCAGGACGGUGACAAUUUGUAUCGAAGCUGUGAGGAACUUUGCGUAGAAGACUUUUUCACAAGCUGCUGUGACGAGGACCUGUGCUAAACCUGGGGCAUCACUCGGCAAUCACUUUCACUUUCUGAUUAGUCACAGUAGUAUGAAAAAUUUAACUUGAGAAGUGUGAAUAUGAUCAAAUGAAAUAUGAAUGAUUUGUUACUUUAUCAAAUUUUAUCGUGAUGAUCCUGUCAUUGAUUUUUCUUGCUUAUUUGAAGAGUCUGCUUGAAAUCAUUUCGGGUAAACUUUUGACUUGAUUGUUUAGCCUCAUUGAUCAUCCCAUAGCCAUCUUAAACUGUGCAACCCACUGUAGACACAGCCAUGAUUCCUUUAAAAAACUAGUGCCAGUGGCAAAGCAACUACACAUACACACACACACACGCACAUACACACACACACACACAUGCGUGCACACACGCACACAAACACACACUUAAUCCCUUCCUGUUGUCACUCAGUGGGUCACUUCAACAGCUUACCUCUAUGUGGGUCGUUGUCUCUUACUGCUGCACUGUAACGCUGGACUCCCUUUAGAGUGUCAUCUGUGUCAAACUCAAUAAAAUGCUGAAUAAUAAAUAUUUAAUUGAUCAAAA